CUCCUCCCAGGCAAGAUCGUGAUGUUAUCUGCUGGCAGCAGAAGGUCCGCUCCGAGGGGAGCUCCAGAAGCUCCCGACGAGAAAGAGAGAGAGAGAGGCAGGCAGACAGGAGAGAGAAGCAGAGACCGAGAGAGAGAGAGAGAGAGAGAGAGAGAGGCAGAGAAAGGAACAGAAGAGCAGGAGCGCAAGUGACGGAGACACGGGGACAGGGAUGGGGAACAUAGUAUAACGGUCUAGGGAGCCAUUCGGGAACAAAGUGAGGAGCUGCCCAGCUGCAGAAAGGAAAAGGACAGGGUCUCUUUCAGGGUGCCAAGUGCCCACCUACCCGCAGCGAGAAAGUCCGAGUGGGAGAGAACCCAGGAGAGGGUGGGGAAGGGUGGGAGUCCAAGGGACCCCUCUCGCAGCCCCCUUAAGGAAUAACGCUCCCUAGUCAGCGCGUCCCCGGGGCUGCAGGCGACGGCGGCAGCUGGUCGUCGGUGGCCGGGUUGGCGUCCGGAGCGAGCGGAGGAGGAGAAGCAGGAGAAGGAGGGCGCUGGAGGCUGGACGCGUCUGCGAGCGGCGGCACGACGUGGAGUAGCCGGGCGGGUCGGCGCGCGCCGGCCGGGGUGUCGGCCACCGCGCGCAGCUCCGGGAGCAGGAUCGUCGCCGCCUCCGCCGCCGCCGCCACCGCGGCCCGCGCAGGACCCGACCGCGUCCCGAGCGCCGUGCGGAGCGCACCCGCCUCCCCGCGGCGCGCCGGGCUCGCCCCCAGCGCGCGCACACGCGCGCGCGCACACACACUCGCUCACACACUCACACACUCACACACGUGUGCGCUCUCCGCUCCGGAGCCGCGGCUGCUCCUGCUCUCAGCGCCGCAGUGGAAGGCAGGGCCGAACCGCUCCUUCUUUAAAUACCUAAAUUACCGCCCGGCCAGCCUCGGCGGCCCCCCGCACAGCGCUCCCGGCGCCCCUCCCGCCAGCUCGCCAGCUGCCAGCCCCGGGACCUUUUCAUCUCUUCCCUUUUGGCCGGAGGAGCCGAGUUCAGAUCCGCCACUCCGCACCCGAAACUGACACACUGAACUCCGUUUCCUCCUCUUAAAUUUAUUCCUGCCUAAUAGCCACUCGUCUCUUCCCGCCCCCCCCCCAACUCGUCGCUCCAAGAAAACUUUUUCUUACUCCCCGAAGUUAGGGUUCUCCCUGCCCACCGUGUGUUAAUGUUUCCACUUUUGGAACGACCUGCAUCUUCUUUUUAAAGGAAUUCAAGCAAGAUACCUUUUUCCAUUGGACGUUGACUCUCGAUUGUUUGCAAAAGUUUCGCAUUAAAAAAAAAAAAAAAAUCUACCUGAUCUGUACUUGAGAGUUGUCGGUUUCUUUUUUUUUUUCCUUAGUUUUUUUUUUUUACCUUUUUUUUUUUAACUUUUUCCACCUUUAAAAAAAAAAAAUGCACUACUGUGUGCUGAGCGCUUUUCUGCUCCUGCAUCUGGUCACGGCCGCGCUCAGCCUGUCUACCUGCAGCACGCUCGAUAUGGACCAGUUCAUGCGCAAGAGGAUCGAGGCGAUCCGCGGGCAGAUCCUGAGCAAGCUGAAGCUCACCAGCCCCCCAGAAGACUAUCCCGAGCCCGAGGAAGUCCCCCCGGAGGUGAUUUCCAUCUACAACAGCACCCGGGACUUGCUCCAGGAGAAGGCGAGCCGGAGGGCGGCCGCCUGCGAGCGCGAGAGGAGCGACGAGGAGUACUACGCCAAGGAGGUUUACAAAAUAGACAUGCCGCCCUUCUUCCCCUCGGAAAAUGCCAUCCCGCCCACUUUCUACAGACCUUACUUCAGAAUUGUCCGAUUUGACGUCUCAGCGAUGGAGAAGAAUGCAUCCAAUUUGGUGAAAGCGGAGUUCAGAGUCUUUCGUUUACAGAACCCGAAGGCCAGAGUGCCCGAACAAAGGAUCGAACUGUAUCAGAUUCUCAAAUCCAAAGACUUAACGUCUCCAACCCAGCGCUACAUUGACAGCAAAGUUGUGAAGACAAGGGCAGAAGGCGAAUGGCUUUCCUUCGAUGUAACUGACGCCGUUCACGAAUGGCUCCACCAUAAAGGUUUACAACCACCCUCUGUGUUCAUCCCUAGCUGUUCAGUGACCUUAAGUUAUUGUAAGUUGAUUGCAGAUUUAAGGGUAUUGUCACACAUCCAAAUGACCUCCUUUACUUCAUGUUUUCCAGACAGAAACCUGGGAUUUAAAAUAAGCUUACACUGUCCCUGCUGCACCUUUGUACCAUCUAAUAAUUACAUCAUUCCCAAUAAAAGUGAAGAGCUAGAAGCAAGAUUUGCAGGUAUUGAUGGCACCUCCACAUAUACCAGUGGUGAUCAGAAAACUAUAAAGUCCACUAGGAAAAAAAACAGUGGAAAGACCCCACACCUCCUGCUAAUGUUGUUGCCCUCCUACAGACUUGAGUCACAACAGUCCAACCGGCGGAAGAAGCGUGCUUUGGAUGCAGCCUAUUGUUUUAGAAAUGUGCAGGAUAAUUGCUGCCUACGUCCACUUUAUAUUGAUUUCAAGAGGGAUCUUGGGUGGAAAUGGAUUCAUGAACCUAAAGGGUACAAUGCCAACUUCUGUGCUGGAGCUUGCCCGUAUUUAUGGAGUUCAGACACUCAGCACAGUAGGGUUCUCAGCUUAUAUAACACCAUAAAUCCAGAAGCAUCUGCUUCUCCUUGCUGUGUGUCCCAGGAUUUAGAACCGCUAACCAUUCUCUACUAUAUCGGCAAAACACCCAAGAUUGAACAGCUUUCAAAUAUGAUUGUAAAGUCUUGCAAAUGCAGCUAAGAUUCUUGGAGAAGUGGCAGGACGAUAAUCACAUGGUGGUGAUGAUGAGGAGGACGACAAGAACAAUGACAAUGUUUGUAACAAGAAAACGUAAGAGAGCCUUGCUUCAACAGUGUUAAAAACAUUUUGAAAAAAGCGGUACUAGUUCAAACACGUUGGAAGUUUGUGGUUGUGUUUGUUAAAAAUGGCAUCUGAAACAAAACAAAACAAAAAAUUGAAGGCUUUAUUCUACAUUUCAUCUACUCGGUAAGCAAGAGAGACAAGAAGCAAAACCUUUUUUUUUUUUAAGACAAAAAUAAACACUGGAAGAAUUUGUUAGUGUUAAUUAUGUGAAAGGAACAACCAAACAAACAGGAAAAUCCCAUUAAGUGGAAUUGCUGUACAUACUUUUCCUAUCCCAUGCCUCACUUGAUUUUUCUGUAUUGCUAUGCAAUAGGGACCCUUCCCGUUCUUACCUUUAGAGUUAACAGUGAGUUAUUUAUUGUGUGUUACUAUAUAACGAACAUUUCAUUGCCCUUGGAAAAUAAAACAGGUGUAUAAAGUGGAGACCAAAUACUUUGCCAGAAACUCAUGGAUGGCUUAAGGAACUUGAACUCAAACGAGCCAGAAAAAAAGGGGUCAUAUUCACGGGAUGAAAACCCAAGCGAGUUAUUAUAUGACCAAGCCAGCCUGCAUUAAGAUAAAGACCCUGAAAGCACAUGCUAUGUACCAACUGCCUAAGGAAGCUUCUUGUAAGGUUCAAAACUGAAAAGCCUGUUAAUAAAGGAACUUUCAGUCAGAAUAAGUCUGGAAGAUUUUUUUUUUCUUUUUAAUUGUAAAUGGUUCUUUGUCAGUUUAGUUAAACCAGUGAAAUGUUGAAAUGUUUUUGAUACGUACUGGUCAAACUUCAGACCUGAAAGUAUUGCCGUAUAGCUAUGCUAUUGGUUUUUUCCUUCGUUUCAGAUAUAUGUAACCGUACCUAUAUUAUUAUAAUAGAUGGGUAUAGAAGCCAGUAUAAUUGGAAACACAUCUGCAGAUCUCCUUUGCAAACUAUUAAAUCAAAACGUUAACUACUUUACAUGCAAUGUGUAAAUUUCUACCAUAUUUUUAAUGUUCUGUAAUAAUGUCAACUAUGAUUUAGAUUGGACUUAAAUUGGGGCUCUAUUUUUAAUGAUCGCUCAGAACUGUGUGUUUCCUUUAGCUGGCCAGUACUUUCGAGUAAAGCCCCUAUAGUUUGACUUGCACUACAAAUCUGUGUUUUAUAGUGUUUCCUCCACUGUGCUUUGUGCAUUGUCCAUUAUUAUGACAUAAGCUACCUGAGUCCACUUGUCCUGUAGAUUUUCUUUUAUAAAAAGGACAGAUUCAAGUUCAGUAGUCUUCCUCCAUCUUCUAAGCAUCCUUACUAAUCAGUUCAGAUGUUAACAGUCUUCUAUUUUAGGAAAAUUGGGGAAUAUUAUAGAUGUAUACAUAAUUGAGCUGAAAUAUUUUAGUUUUAGCAGAGGCCUAAGGAUCUGACUGUAACUCGGAAUCUUUGUGGCUGAGUUAAGAAAGGUUUCUGCAACUUGGCUUAAACAGUAUGCUCACCGAAUUCUAUUGUUAGUAGAGAUCAGACAGUUCAUAGGAAACAUCUUUUCCUUUAAUCAGGUUUUUAGUGUUCAGGGGGGAAAUGGAAAGAUUUACAUAUUUCUUGAUUUCUUUUUUAAGGGAGAAAAAAAAAAAAAAACGCCCUGGUCAGCCUAAGUCACUCAGUUUAUUUCACGGAAGUUAAGGUUUUCAUGUGUGUUCUUUGAGGGUUGAAAGGUACAAGCCAAAUCCUCCCAUGAUCAAAAAGUGAUUUUUUUCUCUGAAUGAGACUUCUCUAGAUCUGAGGCGAGAAUUUACCUUGCUUUAAUAAAUGAAUGAUUUGCCACAUCGUUGCAGGGAAGGUACCCUUCCGCCAGGGUUUGUAGGAGAUGACAGUUUGCCAAUUGUCCCUUAUUCAACUGUAAGAUAAAAGUUAAUAGGUAAAACAAUGGAAUAUUUGCAGCGUCACCUAAAGGGCAGGAUGGCGAGGUGCGAAUCCAAGUGAAAUUGUCUGAUAACCUGUACUUCUAGAUGUCUGACUUUUCCUGGCCGUUCAUUAAAUGACAAAUUGGAUUCGCAAAUUUGAAAACUGGAAAAGCGAGAGGGGGGACGCCCUACUGGUGAACAAUCUUUGUGUUGGGUGUAACCCAAUCCCAGAAAUGAGUGUGUUGAUUUUUUUUCCUUCCGUUUUCGAUGAAUUCUAUGUAAAUCACUUUUAUUUCUGCAGGUGUUUUCCUCUCAGAUAGAAUGACGUUUGUUUUGUAUUAUUUUGUCUUUCCUCAUGAAUGCACUGAUAAUAUUUUAAAUGCUCUAUUUUAAGAUCUCUUGAAUCUUUUUUUUUUUUUAAGUUUGGGGUUCUGUAAGGUCUUUACUUCCCAUAAGUAAAUAUUGCCACGGGCAGGGAGGGAUGUGGGAGGGAAGGGGAAGAUGUUAGUAUACGGGUGGGGUGGGGCUGCAGUUUUUAUAUGUUAAGCAGCAGUACAGUUUUCUGGUUGGCAUGGUUUAAAAAGAAAUGGACUAUAAGAUUAGCUGUUUUGUAUUUUGAUGACUGAAUAUGCUGUAUUUUAACAUGAUGUAUGUCUGUUUUGUGGUGCUCUAGUGGUAAAUAAAUUAUUUCAAUUCUA